AUGAAGACAACCUACCUGCUUCUGGCCUUGGCCGCUCUCCUCUUCUGCGCCGUCGUGGCCGCCUCGGCUGACGACGACGACCGACGUGGCUCUGACAUGAAUCACUGGGACGAUGACGACGAAGGGCACGAAUGGGACAACGAGUGGGAGGACGAGGAGGACGGCGAGGGACGCGGUCGGGGCCAGUGGGACGACGGGCGCGAGAAGUGCCGCACCACUACCAAGAAGUGCCGCACCACGACCAAGAAGUGUGGCACCACCACCAAGCACUGCCCCACCACGACCACCAAGCGCUGCGGCACCACGACCAAGGACUGCGGCACCACCACGACUAAGAGCUGUGGUACCACGACCAAGGACUGCGGCACCACGACCAUGAAGCCUUGCACCACGACCAGCAAGCCGGUCGAGAAGUGCGACUUCGCCGGGCGUGACAACUGCCUCAAGGCGAGCGAGGACAAGUUUGAGGAGUGCGUCGACCGCAAGAAGUGCGCCUUCACCGUGUGCGAGCUCGAGGCCGAGGAGAAGUUCAAGAAGUGCCUCCGCGGCCGCGAUGGUCGCGAUGGCGGGAGGGAGAACCCCUUCGAGCGCGAGGGCGAGAACGACCGCCAGGGUAACGAGAGGUUCGACCAGUGCAAGAAGGAGCAACUCGAGGACAAGAAGCAGUGCCUCAUCCAGCGCAAGGCCUCGCACGCCGGCUGCGUGGCUGCUAAGGAGUGCCGCGACUUCAAGUGCCUGGCCUUCAUCAAGGACUGCAAGCCGUGCCCGACUCCCGCCGCCACCACCACCACUGUCCGCGUCACCACCCAUCCUCCUACCGUGGGCUCGUCGUGCCCGGCCGAGGACUUCUUCGGCCCCGCUGCCGAUCUGAACGUCCUGGUCACCGGCUCGGACAAGCUCAUCUACGAUCUCGACAUGGUGAACGGUGACGUUGAGGGCCGCGUCGCUGUCAACGGUGGCUUCCGCGUCAAGUCCUUCGGCACCGCCCAGGCCUACUCGUGCCCUGACACGGCCAACUACGCCAGUAUGUUCAACCUGAUCGUCAACGGUAAGAUGGACUACUCGAACGGCCAGCUGUUCUGCGGCUCGUCGAUCUCGUUGAGCAGCAUGAACGACCCGUCGCUGCGCCAGAAGGACUUUGGCGCCACCAACGCCAGGGUGGCCGCCGGCAAGACCAUCAAGGACGUGACCGGCUUCGACUUCGUCGCCACCGCCGGCUACCUCCAGGGCGUGAGCAACUACUUCUCCAAGUACGCGCCGGGCACGCACAGCCACUUCCGCGUCACGGAGGUCUCGCCUGCCGACGUCAACAAGCUCAACAUCGAGGGCGGCGACUACGUGCAAGUGAUCAACAUCAAGGGCUCGGGCGACAUCAACUUCUCCAACUUCGAGAUCCCCACCGCGCUCAACCCCUCGCAGGUCAUCUACAACGUUGUCGGCAACAACAACAUCAAAAUCUCGGGCUUCGGGCUCAAGGGUCACCUGCUGGCCCUCAACUCCGACGUGGUGCUCGAGAACGGCCACGUCGCGGGCAACGUCUACGUCAGGUCGCUCGUUGGCCAGGGCAGCGGUCAGGUCAACCUGGCCCCCUGCCCUUGA